GUUUGGCAUUUCCAAACGUCAAAUCCCUUAAUUUUCGGCGUUUGUGAAUUGUCCCUUUUUGUUCGAAAUUGUAAAAGUCGUCGUUACUUUACUUUAGAAAGUCUUUGUUGUGAGAACAUCCGCCAUCAGCAUCUGCGUCCGGACUUGCGCAGCAGUGUCGUGCGGAAUCGCGAAUGAACGCCUCUUGUGAAUCUGCCAAAGACGCUUUUCAUAAGUUUUAGAUUAGAGGUUUUUGAAGCUAAAAACUUCUACCACUCGUCUUGAUUAGUAGUAAUAUGAGUAAUGCACCCAACCAAAAUGGAUCAGGUCUAGAGCAGCAGUUUGCUGGUCUGGACUUGCAGAGUCGCGCACCGAGCGGCCGUUACGUGCCCCCGCACUUGCGUAACAAACAGAGUUCAGCCGAAAGUAGCUACGAUAGAGACAAGGGCGAAUCCAGAGGCGGAAGUGGAAGAAGCAAUUACGGUAGUAGAGGCGGCGGCGGCGGCGGAAGAGAUAACCGCGCAGGAGACUACUCCAACUUCAACACUAGAAAUCGCCGCGACAAUUUCCCAAAUGGCGAGACCUUCGAACGAGACGAUUGGGGUCGAGGCGGCGGCGGUGGCGGUGGCCGCCAACAGGAGCGGGAGCGUGACUUGCCCCGUAAUGACCGGUGGCAGGAGCCGGAGAAGCCCCGCGACGGAGGCGGUCGUUGGAGCGACAACCGCAACGAGAACCGUGGCGGUGGGAGUGGUGGUGGCGGCGGAGGCCGUUGGAACGACAACCGAGACCGCCACAACGAGAACGAUUGGACCGUACCGAUGCCGAGAGACGAACGUGUCGAACAGGAGCUCUUCGGCACGGGCAAUACGGGCAUCAACUUUAGCAAGUAUGAAGAUAUACCUGUUGAAGCAACCGGGGACAAAGUCCCGCGCCACAUUACAUCUUUUGAGGAAGUACAGUUGACUGAGAUCAUACGGAGCAACAUAAGUUUAGCACGAUAUGAUACUCCGACUCCAGUACAAAAAUACGCAAUUCCGAUAAUUGUGAGCAAGCGAGAUGUGAUGGCUUGCGCCCAGACAGGGUCUGGAAAGACUGCAGCGUUCUUAGUGCCGAUUUUGAACCAAAUGUACGAACAUGGACCCCCGAAUAUUACUCACGGACGCAGUAGAAGGAAGCAGUACCCCCUUGGGCUGGUGUUAGCACCGACAAGAGAACUUGCUACUCAGAUCUACGAUGAAAGCAAGAAAUUCGCCUAUAGGUCCCGUGUUCGCCCUUGCGUUGUUUAUGGGGGUGCCCACAUUGGCGACCAGAUGCGCGACUUAGACCGCGGCUGCCACCUCCUGGUGGCCACCCCUGGCCGCCUUCUCGAUAUGAUUGACCGCGGCCGCAUCGGCCUUGACUACUGUCGCUACUUGGUCCUCGACGAGGCCGAUCGCAUGCUCGACAUGGGUUUCGAGGUGCAAAUCCGUCGAAUCGUUGAGAAAGAAACCAUGCCGAAGACCGGCGAACGUCAAACUCUAAUGUUUUCGGCGACUUUUCCAUCGCCGAUUCAGAUGCUUGCACGCGACUUUCUUGACAAUUACAUUUUCCUUGCUGUGGGUCGUGUCGGCUCCACUUCUGAGAAUAUCACCCAGAAAGUCGUCUGGGUUGAAGAGCACGACAAGCGGUCGUUCCUUCUUGAUCUUCUUAAUGCGGCUGAAAUGAGUCAACCGUCGGCCGAAAGCUUAACUCUCGUUUUCGUCGAAACGAAAAAGGGUGCCGACUCUUUGGAGGAGUUUCUCCAUUUCGAGGGGUAUCCUGUGACGUCGAUUCACGGCGAUAGGAGUCAGAGAGAACGCGAGGAUGCCUUGAGGCAGUUUCGCUCGGGGAAUACCCCGAUUUUGGUGGCGACAGCCGUGGCGGCGAGAGGAUUGGAUAUCCCACACGUCAAACACGUUAUCAAUUUCGAUUUGCCUUCGGAUAUUGAGGAGUAUGUCCACAGAAUCGGGCGUACGGGAAGGAUGGGGAAUUUGGGCUUGGCAACGUCGUUCUUUAAUGACAGGAACAGGAAUUUGGCUAGUGGAUUGUUGGAUUUGUUGAUUGAGGCCAAGCAGGAGUUUCCGAGUUGGUUGGAGGGUGUGGCGGCCGAUGGGAGAAUGCCCAGUUCUGGUCGUAGAGGAGGAAAGAGUCGGUAUGGAAGUGGAGGAGGAAGCAGUUUUGGAGGAAGAGAUUAUAGGCAACAGUCCGGGGGGAUGUCCCGAAAUCAGAGAUCUGGAGGUGGUGGAUACGGAAACAACGGGUUCGGAAAUAAUGGAGGUGGCCACUACGGCGGCGGCCUCGACCGCGGCGGCAACUUCGGCGGUAACUACAACUCGAACUCCAACAGUCGCGACGACUGGUGGGAAAAUUAGACGAAGUAAAUCAAGUUUUUUCUUUCAAAUAGACUCUUUUCAUUACAAUAGCGAUUUCCUCCCUCAACCUCGACCAUCCAGGCCUUCACAACUGAUUUCUCCGUGCCGCGUGUGUGUGUAAUUUAAUUAGCAGGGGCAUUACACGAAGUUUCACCAUUUGUCUUAUUUUCUCUUGUUUUAUAAUUCAUUUUAAAAUUCGAAUCGCCGUUACUCAGCCUGGAUCGAUGUAAUAAUCCACCUCACCGACACACAUUUAUUGCAUAAAUCGAUUAAUUACCGUAGAUAAUUCUAGUUACAGCUAGAGAUUUAAGAAACAAAAAACAUUUCCGCAAUUAUAGUUUGUAUUGGCAUAAUCGAGUGUGUGUUUUUUUGUUUUUUUUUUAAGCGCUCCCUCAGGGAGCGUUUGUGUGCAAAUGGGUGUGUAAAUUUUGCUAUCCCAGUUACGAUAGCAUAAACUGCGACUUUAAGUAUUGAUGAGCCAAAAAAUUCGUUUCACUUAUUUAUUAAAACGAACUAACUCGACUAAGACGUUCUAGUCUGCGCGACAUGACCGAAUUGGGGGGUUUACGGCUCAAAAUAGCGUUGCAGUUACAGCUAUUUAAGGCGCUAAGAGUAUUCUUCUUGUGACUGUGAUAUUUACCGAUCGUUUUAAUGAUACGUAGUUUUAUGGUUGGCACAACUGAUUGUCAGCAGUCGCAUCGACAAUGCGAAUAAAUCUUAGCGUAUGAACAAUAACUUAUUAAAUAAUUAAAAUAGUACUAGGAAUUAAAAAAGUUUGACUUGUUAGAGUGGGCACAUGUUUCGUGCCUCUAUACCUAACCUAACUUUUUUUUUUAAAUUUGAGUUUCAGCUUUCGCACUCCCUGUGAUACGGUUAGAAAAUCGGUGCCUAUUCUAACAGAAUGUGAUGCACAUUCUUAUUGUUGAACUAUUUUUUAAAAGUGAGGAGCUGUGACUGCAACUGUGCGUCACUUUCGGAACACUCGAGACAUUUCGGGACUACAUAAUUUUUUUCUUCCGUAUUGUUUCGAGUGGAUCGGAAGUUUUGUUAUUAGUUGGUAAUUUUAAAUAUGAAAAAAGGGAUGGCAAAAUGCUCCGUUACUCUCAUGUGUGUCGAGAGUAUUUAUAACUUAUUUUAAUGCAUUUACAAGUUGUUCUGGUAGAAAAAUGCUGUUUGGCAUUAUUGAUGAUAAAUAAAAGAUAUUUCAAACUCCAA